CACACACAAACCACUUAGCUGUUACUAGCUGUCAUCUUCCAUGUGACCCACCGGCCACCAAUCCAUUAAUCCCCCCCAAACUCUCAAUCCAUUCAUCAUUAUUUUCCCCCUUCACUUUUAACUGGUUUUAUAUUCCUAACUAGUUUUAUACCCGUCCGGUGUUUUUAUUUCGCAUGGCCCAAUUGCCGCCAAAAGCGCCAGCAAUGUCGCAAAAAUGGCCCUCAUUCGCCUCGCAGCAGCCGCAGAGCUGGAUGGACGAUUUCGUCGAUUUCUCAUCGGCUAAAAGAAACUCUCACCGGAGAUCCGCUAGCGAUUCAAUCGCAUUUGUUGAAAUUCCGUUAAUUAGUACCGGAAAUAAAACGUUAACAUCUUCUUCUGAUAAUAACGGAUUUGAACGGUUGGAUGAUGAGCAGCUUAGCUCUAUGUUUUCUGACGAUUUCGCGGCGAAUCUUCCAACGUCGUCUCCUCCUUCUGAUCAAAAUAGCGACAAUGACGAACAUAAAACGACGUCGCAACAGGAACAACCGCAAGUGCAGCUGAAGAUUGAAAACGAAACAGAAUCUGUUAAGCCUCAAGUUACAUUUUCUAGUGAAAGUGGCACUGUUGUUGAUCCAAAAAGAGUUAAAAGGAUAUUGGCGAAUCGUCAAUCUGCUCAACGGUCGAGAGUUAGGAAGCUGCAUUAUAUUUCUGAGCUCGAACGCAGCGUUACAACUUUGCAGACGGAAGUAUCGACAUUAUCGCCACGGGUAGCGUUUUUUGAUCACCAGAGGUUGAUUCUGAAUGUGGAUAAUAGUUCGCUGAAGCAAAGGAUUGCUGCUUUGGCUCAGGAUAAGAUCUUCAAAGAUGCUCACCAAGAACAAUUGAAGAAAGAGAUAGAGAGAUUAAGAAGAGUUUAUGAAGAACAAAACAUGAACAACAAGGUGGACGCAACCAGCGGUUCGCCGCCACCGGCAGCAUCCGUUACCGGUACGGAUGAUGAGUGAGCUUGAAUGUGGGAGUUAGAAGGAUGAUUGUGCGUGGUGGGGUGGUGCUAAACUACGCCCAUGCGGCCAUGUGAUGUGUUUGGGUGAGUGAGUGGUCCCUUGAUUGGCAUGUGAAUAGUUUUAAUAUAGCUUGGCUUCUUUUAUGCUUUUGCCGCUAUGACAAGAAAUAGUAAUUGUGUCUUUCACUAUCUUUUCUAUUUCUUUUUCAUCUUUUAAAAAAUUAAUUUAUUUAGAUUUUUUUAUAGGAUUUGUGGGGGUAUUGGAUGUCUUGGUGCAAGAUAUUGUUCUCAUUGUCUUUUUGUUUCUUUCUCAAUUUUCAUUCCUAGUUUCUUGA